CGAGCAGCACAAGCCGGGAAGUCAAAUGAUGUGAGGCAUCAGAGAGACCUCCAUUGUGGCCCCGUAGAAAGCUGCGGCAGGAGCGGCAGAUACGGACCGUCGGAGGUGCAGCGGAGUUUUGCAUGAAUACCGGAGUAAUUCAGUCGGUGACGACGAGAGGCCAGAGAUCCAAAAUGGGAGGCAAGCUCAGCAAAAAGAAGAAGGGAUACAACGUGAACGAUGACAAGGCCAAAGACAAGGACGCCCCCGCAGAGGGGGCCUCCGCGGAGGAGAGUGAAGCGCCGAAAGACAACAAAGACGAGGCGUCGGCUGCCACCGACACCAAGGAGGUAGCGAACGACACGGCGGCCAAGGACGCGCCGGCAGCCGACGCUGCGGCGCCUAAAGAGGAGGAGAAGAACGCCACCCCCGCCACCAAGGAGCCAGAGAAACCUGCCGCCAACGCCGAGCCGAACACAGAGGUGCCUAAGAGCGCCGAGCCCGCCAAGGCCGAGGAGAAACCAGCUGCCCCCGCCCCGGCCAAAGAAUCAGCCCCCGCCGCCAAGGAGCCCGAGGUCAAGGCAGCGGCGCCUGCCCCCGCGGCUGAGAGCAAAGAUGAGGCCGACGCCAAAAAGACUGAGGCCCCCGCGGCACCAGCAGCCAAAGCCGAGGCGGCCCCCGCUGCCUCCCCUGACCCCAAGCCCACAGAGGCCCCCGCACCGGCAAAGGAGCCCGCCGCCGCCGCCGCCGCAGCCCCUAGUUCAACACCAGCCGCCGAGCCUCCCGCCAAGGAGGCGAACGCCACAGAGGCGCCAAGCAAGGAUCAAACCGUAGCAGUUCAAGAUUAAUGGACAGCUUCUUUUCGGAAAUAAAAAAAGUACCUAACUCGACGACCAUGAAGAUUAAAAGAAAUGAAAUUAACUCGCCCCCCCCGUAUUAUGAUAUUAACAACAAUAAUAAUAGUUGUAAUGAUAAUGAUUGGAUGAACCCGAGCAGCCACCUGGAGGAGUCCCCCCCCCCCCCCCGCUGCAGAUUAUUAUUGUUAUGUUUUAUUCUAUUUUUUUCUGCUGUAGUAUUUGAACUUUGAUACGAGUCUGUGUCGGCCAUACGCCUCGCCAUUCCAUCCAUCAUCCCCCCCCCUCCCCCGUGAAGACAAGAGCUUUAACCCGACUCCCAUCUCGGCUCACAGUAGCCCAGACAUUCACCUGCCCCCCCCACCCCCCGCUCUGUGGACGUCAGAACAUCGAGGGGAAAUGGGACUGAGGGAAGAAGGGGGUUUGAGAUAUCUCUUCACCAGCUGGACUUCCAUUGAGUCCGUCCCCUCUUCAGAUCUCCCCCCCCCCCCUCUCCAGAGUAUCCUACUCUCGGUUCCUCCAGUUCUUCUUUGGAAUUGUGGCUUCUUUAACCCACCCCCAGCUUCUUGGUAUUCUUUGGUUGUGUUGCUCCCCCUCCUCUCUGUACGGCAGGAACCUAGAGUUUAAGUCUUUAGUGAGGACUGAGAAAGCUGAGACUUCCUGAGACAUUUUGGAGGUCGGAAAAAGUCCGGCUUUGCAGAGCUACACACAUUCUUAGACGUAUAAAAGAAGUCGUAGGAAUUUUUCUGAGAUUUUGUACUGAAACCCUUAGGUAUAUUGUAAGCAAACUAAGUGGUUUUUUAACAUUUGUAAUACCCUUAAACAUUCUGCAAAGCCUCCUUUGAAAGAUCUCCGCCGUGUUCUUAGAAAGUCUGAUAGUCUUCUCUGAUUCUUCGUCUAAAUCUGAUGAAUGAUUUGAACACAGAUGGAACCCGGGUGACAUUCACAAGCUAGCGUAGCGUUAGCUUGAACUUAGAGUACCAAGUUGGUGACAUUAAUGCAAUAUCGGGAGCCGUCAGGAGUCCCUGGACUGCUUGAGUUAGUUCGUACGAUCCAGAAAGAUGACAUACCGUAAGUAGAAGGUCUACAUUCUUCUUAACUCCAGGAUUAGCAGGAACAUAUACUUACUAGGAGUGAAAGUAUAUCGUUAAACCAUAUUAACAGUGAUGGUUAACAUGUACUUACCACAUGUUAUCUGUAAGGAACAUCACGAGAGGAAAAACCCCAAUCAUGCCAAUUUAUGGAAUUCAAUUUGGUGAUUUUGAUUAGCCAGGCUUUAACCAGUAAACCCAUUCACGUUACUUUGGGAUAGAGCGGAUGAAGCGUUCUUUAGAUUACAGCAGGAACAUCGCUCUGCAAACCUCACCAGUUUGGUAUCUAAGCAGCUGAAGACACCGAGGUGAGGGUAUCCGUGUAGCUCUGUAAAUCCAUGGAGGAUUAGAGGGGGGGGGGUUGGGGUUAGGUGAAUGAUCAUCAGCAAUCUACGUGAUCUACUUUGGUCGCCACGCCAUCAGAACGGGAUUGAAAACUCUUGCACAUGAAAAGGGAGCUUCUGAUUUUCUCAUUCUCACCCCUCAUGCAUCUUCCUUUACUUUUUUAGAAAUAUAUACGGCAUAUCUGUACGUAAACGCAGCGGUGGAAGAAAAGGUAUUUAAGAAGUCGUGUCACUGUGGAGAAAACCAUUCUUAUUUGCUAAAGUUUCCAACGUGGAAGUGGAGGAGACGGCUGACCAUCGUGAUGGUUUAGAGAUAGGAAGGACGCUUUUAUACAAGCUGAACGAAAGGAAGGAUUGAAAGAAAGGAGGAGUGAUGGAAAGAAAGGAGGAGUGAUGGAAAGAAAGGAAGAGUGAUGGAAAGAAAGGAGGAGUGAUGGAAAGAAAGGAGGUGAAGAAACAAGGAAAACUGCAAUAAAGAAAUAGGGCAACAUGUAGACAAGAAGGGAAGUUAGAGGGAUGGAAAGGACAGGAAAUAUCAGAGAUGUCGUCAGCAUUGGAGUAUACUUUGUCCAAAGUGUCUAACUUGUAUUGUGAUAGUUACUCCAAAGUGUUCCUAACUUCAGUGAUGAGUAAAUAUACUUUCGUCAUUUCCACCCUUGCCUUUAUAUGUCAGUAUAUAUGUAUAUAUUUAUCCACCUCAGCUUUCCAUUUGCCAGUUUUUCCGUUUCCUCCGACUGACACACGACGAGGUCCUCCCAGCACUUGUCAAACCGUAGCAGAAACUGAAAACACUCGAGGGUCGUUGCGUGUCACUCGGUUCGGUUUUUUUCUUCCUCUCUUGACUCAGUAAAUUGCAUGUCCGUGGUUGGGUGAACCUGUAGUCCUGUCUUUUUGGUCAAGUGGAAAAAAAAAUACACAUUUUUCUCCUGUCUGCUUCCAUCGCAACUCCCAGUUGAUAUUUUCAUCCCAUGUCUCACCACCGCUGUUUCCACACCACACCAAACUAAAGAUGAUAUGGAAAUUGAUGCAUUCAAAAUUAUAUGUACUUGUAUAAAUGGUGCAACAGUAAUAAAAUGUAAGAAAUUGACUGAAACUCCA